AUGCCUGUGGUGAAUGUCGACCAGCUGGUCCGCCUGCAGCGGAAGCCAGAAGACAUCAGAAAUGACCACGGCAAAACUUCUUUAACUGAUAGUCUCAUUGCUACCAAUGGCAUCAUCUCACCUAAGUUGGCGGGCAAGAUCCGCUACCUGGACUCUCGUCCAGACGAGCAGCUUCGAGGUAUCACAAUGGAAUCUUCCGCAAUUUCGUUGUUCUUCUCUAUGCUGCGCCGUCCAAGCCCGGAUGCUGCGCCAGUGCCUAAAGAGUAUUUGAUCAACCUGAUCGAUUCACCCGGACAUAUCGAUUUCAGCAGUGAGGUCUCAACAGCCUCACGUCUCUGCGACGGAGCAGUGGUUCUUGUUGACGCAGUAGAAGGUGUGUGCAGUCAGACGGUGACUGUGCUGCGACAGACCUGGGUUGAGCAACUGAAGCCGAUAUUGGUUAUCAACAAGAUGGAUCGUCUAAUCACUGAACUGAAAAUGACCCCCGCGGAGGCUUUCUCGCAUCUAAGUCGCCUGUUGGAGCAGGUCAACGCGGUAAUUGGUAGCUUUUACCAGGGCGAGCGCAUGGAAGAUGACUUGCAAUGGCGUGAGCGUAUGGAAGACCGCAUCAAUACUUCUACUUCUCAGAAUCAAGACCGGAAGAAGCACUCGGCAGAUGAUGAAUCCGCAUCUAUCAUCACAGAGACGACAGAGGCAACAGAGUUCGAGGAGCGUGAUGAUGAGGAUCUCUACUUCGCACCUGAAAAGAACAAUGUCAUCUUCUGUAGUGCUGUUGACGGCUGGGCUUUCACCAUCAGGCAAUUCGCCGCAAUUUACGAGAAAAAACUGGGUAUCAAACGCACAGUUUUAGAGAAGGUUCUCUGGGGUGAUUAUUAUCUGGACCCCAAGACUAAGCGUGUCUUGGGAGUGAAGCACUUGAAAGGUCGAGCUCUUAAGCCCAUGUUUGUCCAAUUGGUUUUGGACAGCAUCUGGGCAGCCUAUGCAGCCACCACAGGUGGAGAUAAGGGCAAAGGAGACCCGGUAUUGCUGGAAAAGAUUACUAAAUCUCUCAACAUUAACAUCCCGCCUUAUAUUCUUCGUUCCCGCGACCCUAAGAACAUCAUGACUACUUUGUUCUCUCAAUGGCUCCCUCUAUCUACGGCUUUACUGGUAUCUGUCAUUGAGUAUCUCCCCAGCCCACCGGCUGCCCAAACUGCUCGACUACCAGAGAUGAUCAAGACAUCGCCUGGCUCCGAUUUCAUUUCCGAGGAUAUCAAAAAGGCCAUGGUCGGAUUCAAGACCGGCCCUGAUGAGCCAGUUGUGGCAUAUGUCAGUAAAAUGGUUGCAAUCCCCGAGAGUGAACUCAUGUCGAGCAAAAAGCGAAGUGGGGGCACCAUGACUGCCGACGAAGCCAUGGAGAUUGCCCGCAAAAAGCGAGAGGAGAUCGCAAAGAUGCAGGCUGAAGCCAAGGACGCACAAGGAGAUGAUUUCGAGCGCAUGACAUCAGCUUUCGAAAACACUACUUUGAUUACUGAGACAGAGGAUGAGGAUACUGAAGCAGCCGGAAAGGAGGAAGAUCCUGACCACCUCAUUGGCUUUGCCCGACUUUACUCUGGCACCAUCUCUGUUGGAGACGAAAUCUACGUGCUGCCACCCAAAUUCUCACCCGCCCAUCCCCAUGCCAACCCCGAGCCCAAGAAGGUCACAGUCACAGACCUGUACCUACUCAUGGGCCGAGCCCUCGAGCCUCUCCAGUCAGUUCCAGCUGGCGUGGUCUUCGGAAUUGGAGGUCUUGCAGGAUACGUGCUCAAAACAGGCACUCUAUGUAGCCAAAUUGAGGGCAGUAUCAACUUGGCUGGUGUUUCCUUGAGCACGCCACCCAUUGUGCGAGUUGCCUUGGAACCCACCAACCCGGCCGACCUGAGCAAGAUGGUAACUGGUCUGCGCCUGCUGGAGCAGAGUGAUCCAUGCGCACAGUACGAGCAGCUCCCCAGUGGCGAGCACGUUAUCCUCACAGCUGGUGAACUUCAUUUGGAGCGUUGCGUGACAGAUCUUCGUGAGCGAUUCGCCCGUUGCGAAAUCCAGACUGGUGAAGCUAUCGUGCCCUACCGCGAGACGAUUGUCCAUGGUCCAGAGAUGGCUGCGCCCAAGAAUCCGGACCUUGGCCGAGGAGCUGUUCUGUCUGUUUCUGCUUCUAAACAGAUGACUCUUCGCCUGCGGGUGAUGCCGAUGCCUACGGCCGUGACAGACUUCUUGACAAAACAAGUUGGAACUAUCAAGCAGCUCCAGUUGGAGAAGCGAUCCGAAUCCGAAGGAAAGACAGAGGCUGAAAAGGAGGCCGAAGCCGUUGUAGAUGGAACCGGUGAAGCGCCCGAAGGCCAAAUCCUCUCCAAGCAGGAGUUCCGCGAGGGCCUAGACAAGGUUUUCAACGAGGAAGUUAAAGAAGACAAAGAGCUUUGGAAGAACGUCGUCGAUAGAAUCACUGCAUUUGGUCCCCGUAGAGUCGGCCCCAACGUGCUAGUCGACGCAACUGCCGUCAACACCUGCGACAAAUUCUUGGCCGAUGACAUCAAGCCCCAGAUUGCCGGAGACAACCAACAGGCCCUGCUAGUGCGCGACUUCUGUGACAAGAUUGCCUAUGCCUUCCAACUCGCAACAGGCCAAGGCCCUCUGUGCCAGGAACCCAUGCAAGGCGUGGCCGUUUUCCUAGAGGAGCUAUCUGUUCAAUCCAACAGUGACGAUCUCGACAUGGGUCGACUAACAGGCGAGUCCAUCCGACUCGUCCGCGAAGGUAUCUCGGCCGGAUUUCUAGACUGGAGUCCUCGCAUCAUGCUUGCAAUGUACAGUUGUGAAAUUCAAGCAACAACCGAGGUUCUGGGCCGUGUUUACGGUGUGAUUACCCGUCGCCGAGGCCGUAUUCUCUCUGAAGUCAUGAAGGAGGGUACCCCCUUCUUCACUAUCCUGGCUCUUCUGCCGGUGGCCGAGUCCUUCGGGUUCGCUGAAGAGAUUCGCAAGCGAACUUCUGGUGUCGCGCAGCCGCAGCUUAUCUUUGCCGGCUUCGAGGCACUCGAUGAGGAUCCAUUCUGGGUUCCAGCUACGGAGGAGGAGUUGGAGGAUCUGGGAGAGCUUGCAGACAAGGAGAACGUUGCGAAGAGAUACAUGGAUGCUGUUCGAGGUCGGAAGGGAUUGGUUGUCCAGGGCAGGAAGUUGAUUGACGCCGAGAAGCAGAAGACGCUGAAGAAAUAA